AUGCGGCGGCGCGGUGUAGGCAUCGGUGCCGUGCGCAAGAAGCAGGAGCAGGCGAAGCAUUUUUCGGAAGUUGGAGAGCAGCUAGUAGAGGCAAACUUGUUGCACAUAUCAUCACAGCUGGAUCUAUUUCGAACGAACUUGCAGGCGUUUGCGAUCAAAUACAAGAGCAACAUUAAAAAGGAUCCUGACUUUCGACGCAAAUUUCAGGUUAUGUGCGCCAAGAUUGGUGUAGAUCCGCUGGCUUCCAAGAAAGGAUUUUGGUCGGAACUGCUGGAUGUGGGAGAUUUCUAUUACGAGCUUGCAGUGCAAAUAAUCGAAGUGUGCAUCAUCACGCGCUCCAAAAACGGUGGGCUGAUCGGCAUGAGCGAUCUGCUGCGUUUGCUCGAAAAGAAGCGGGGGGCAGAAAUGCAGACAGUGAUUGACGAUGACGUAAAGCGGGCAGUUAAAAAGCUAAGUGUGCUUGGCGAGGGAUUUCAACUGAUCGACAUGGAACAGAGGACGAUGAUUGUGACAGUUCCAGUUGUACUGAGUCAAGAUCAUUCAACGAUCUUGGCCAUGGCACAGACGACUGGUGGCAUGGUAAAUGUUAGUAUCUUAGCACGUGAGCUGCAAUGGGACAAGAAGCGCAGCAUGCUAGCUCUGAACUUGCUGCUUCGAGAAGGCAUGACGUGGCUAGAUGAGCAGACGAGCGAGCCUUCGUACUUUUUUCCAAGCAUCACUCUGUCUGGAGCAUACUCGUAG